AGAGCAGCCGUUAUUCACUGUAUUUACCUUAAGUGGCGGCGUAGUGCAGUUAGGUAGCCGCUAACUGCUUGCAUUUAUACUUAGAAUAAAUUGCAUUGUAGUGUUGUUAUUUGUGUUUUAAAAGUAGCGUUAGCAACAUUAGUAAAACUCAAUUGUUUCAUUAGUAGCUGGAAUACUUGCUAGCUAGCGUUAGCCAAGUAACUAACUACAACCGCUGGCACGUUUAUCGCCAUUUUGCGCAUUCAACAGUCCAAGACUUUCGCCAGCAGUAAGGUGGUGGAUUUUGCAGAAUGGCAGAGGCAGACCGACCAGGGAAGCUCUUCAUCGGUGGACUGAACACGGAGACCACCGAGAAGGCCCUGGAGCAGUACUUCAGCAAAUAUGGCAGGAUUGUAGAAGUCCUCUUGAUGAAGGACCGCGAAACAAACAAAUCAAGAGGAUUUGCGUUUGUUACUUUUGAAAGUCCAGCUGAUGCAAAGGAUGCAGCACGUGAGAUGAAUGGAAAGUCUCUUGAUGGCAAGCCUAUCAAAGUGGAGCAAGCUACAAAGCCUCAGUUUGAGAGUGGUGGCAGACGAGGACCUCCACCCAUGCACUCUCGCAGUCGGGGUCCACCUAGAGGCCCCCGUGGUUCUAGGGGAGGCCCUGGUGGUAUGAGGGGCCCGCCAUCCAGAGACUAUUAUGAUAAUUCAGGGAGUGCAGAAACCUUCUUCAAAGGGAUGUCAUCCAGAGGCCCCCCUCCGAUGAAGAGAGGACCCCCAGUACGUAAUGGAGGCCCCCCACCCAAGAGGUCUGCCCCAUCCGGUCCCAUGAGCAGACGUAAGUCACCCAUGUCAAGGGACAGGGAUCCCUAUGGUCCGCCCCCUCCUCGCAGAGACUCCAUGAUGUCCAGGAGGGAUGAUUAUCCAUCACCACGAGAUGAUCAUUACAACUCAAAAGACAGCUACUCCAGUCGGGAUUAUAAUUCCAGAGAUUCAAGGGACUAUGGUCCUCCUCCCAGAGAUUACUCAUACAGAGAGUACUCCAAUUCCAGUUCCAGAGAUGACUACGGCUCAAUGUCAAGAGGAUACAGUGAUCGCGAUGGUUAUGGGGGAGGCCGGGAACCUAGAAGCUAUAUGGACCGUCCGAGUGGUGGCUCCUACCGAGAUUCAUAUGAUGGUUAUGGUAACUCUCGCAGCGCCCCACCCUCACGGGGCCCCCCACCAUCCUAUGGUGGAAGCAGUGGAAGCAGUCGUUACGAUGACUAUGGCAGCAGUUCCCGGGAUGGCUAUGGCAGUCGUGACAGUUACCCCAGCAGUCGGAGUGACCCAUAUCCACCUAGCCGUGGUGAGCGAAUGGGCAGGCAGGAGAGGGGCCCAGCUCCCCCUGUUGAGAGAGGCUACCCUCCUCGUGAUUCGUACAGCAGCUCAAGUCGUGGAGGGCCACGUGGUGGCCGUGGUGGCAAUCGAGCCGAUAGAGGAAUGGCUCGCAGCAGAUACUGAACUGGACUUGGAAAUCACAUUCAAGCAAACGUUAGUCUCCGUGCACACAACACGUGUUUUGGAAGAAAUCUGACGACAAGACAAUUUAGCCAUGUCUAAAUCUGUGGAAUAUGAAGCUUAGCUUUGAAUUGUAUCUUGACUUUCCCAGUUUUUUAUGUGUAAAAGUUUUUUUGUUUUUUGUUUUUUUUAGUAUUUCUCUUGCUCAUGUAACAGUACAGUUACCAAGUGAGUGUUAGUUUUUGUACAUUCAGUGCUGUUGGAAUCUGCAAUGCCCUAUAAGUCUGGCUUUCCUACUCUAAUAAAGCUUUUAGUUGUACUUGA